GCUGCUGCUUUUAAGCCAUGAUAUUUUGCUUAGUUUUCAUAUAAUGGAUAUGAGUAUAUUGCCAGUGAUGUCAUUGCUUUUUCAUCUCGAAACGAUGUCAUGUGAAAAAUAUUCCAAUAUAAUACUGAGCGAACUGCUGCCCCCUUCUUCCCCCCCGUGUGAACUCCCCGUGUCACUGCUCCUGUCACUCGUCAUGUCGCGCUGUGGCUGACGAUAGAGGGAUGGAUGUGUGCCGUUUCUGACAGACAUGCUUUGAAACAAUAAUGGUUUAUCUGCAUCUGCCGAGGGAGGGUAUUGUCGUUAGUCAGGGCGGGUGGUUCUUUAUGCCCUAGCGCGGACAGGCGGAUGCCUGUGGGCUGUUGAUGGUCCGUGCGGCGCUGUGCCCCCGGCCGUGAGCCCGUGCGGCGCGGUGGCACCGUGCGGGCGUGUCGGUUCCGAUUGCUGCGGUUCCCGGUGGGGAGGGUGCAGGACCGUGCCCGUGUGCGAGCAGCCGCCGCUUUCCCGCUCGGGAGCAGCUCGGCGGGCUCCGCUUCCCUGCCGAGCAGGCCCAGGGGGGCCGCGGCCCCCGGCCGGUGCCGCAGCGAGCGUGUGGCCCCCGCCUGCGGGCGGCCCCUCCCCGGGCCCCGGCCCGGCCCGCCCCCGCCUCCCGCGCUCGCUCCGGGGCAGGGGCACGGGCGGCGGGACCAGCAGGGCUCGGUGGCCCGGGAACGUGUGCUGGGUGCCCGCCGGCCGGGUCGGGGCGCGGGAGCUCUCGCUGAGGCGCGGCGGGGCCGGCUCGGCGGCGCUGGCGGCCGGGGGGAUGGAGGAAGGCUUGUCCUGCCUGGCCGCAGCCUGCGACCCCUCGGCGCUCGCCGCCUUCUGCACGGAUGACAGCAUCUCGGCUGCCAGCACCUCUGAUGUUCAGGACCGUCUUUCAGCCCUGGAGUUGAGAGUGCAGCAACAAGAGGAUGAAAUCACCGUGCUAAAAGCAGCCUUGGCUGAUGUGCUAAGGCGUCUUGCUAUCUCUGAAGACCAUGUAGCUUCUGUGAGAAAAUCAGCACCAAGUAAAGGUCAGCCAAGCCUCCGAGAAGCUAUCUCGAUGUCAUGUAUAACUAACGGGAGUACAGGAAACAGGAAAACAAGCCACAGUUCAUCUGUUUCUGUUGCCAGAAAAGAAACACUUUCAUCUGCUGCUAAAAGCGGUACAGAAAAAAAGAAGGAAAAACCUCCAGGACAAAAAGAAAAAAAAGAGGACUCUCAUUCUAAUGAUCAAAGUGCACAAACUCAAGCAUCACCUUCUCCCCAGCCCUCCUCACAGACUCUCCAAACACACAGGCAAACUCCAGAAAGCAAGAGCUCUGCUCCAGCUAAAAGCAUAAAGAAAUCCUUGACUGUUGAAAAAGCUCACAGUGCUUGGGAGAGUUCAGAUGACAGUCGUAACAAGCUGAUGAGAGUAGCAUCAACAUCUAAGUUAAUAUCAAAAGUGGCAAAGAAUGCAGACAAGCACAAAGAUGUCAUUGUCAGCCAAGCAAAAAUGUCAACUCGUGAAAAAAACAGCCAAGAGGGAGAAUAUAUCAAGAUGUUCAUGCGAGGCCGACCAAUCACAAUGUUCAUUCCUUCUGAUGUAGAAAACUAUGAUGAUAUUAGGACAGAGCUGCCUCCUGAAAAGUUAAAACUGGAGUGGGUAUAUGGGUAUCGUGGAAGAGACUGUCGAGCCAAUGUUUACCUCCUUCCUACCGGAGAAAUAGUGUAUUUCAUAGCCUCAGUGGUGGUACUAUUUAACUACGAGGAGAGAACCCAGCGGCACUACUUGGGUCACACAGACUGUGUUAAAUGUCUUGCAGUUCAUCCAGACAAAAUUAGAAUUGCAACAGGACAGUUAGCUGGAGUGGAUAAAGAUGGAAGGCCCCUGCAGCCCCAUGUUAGAGUGUGGGACUCGGUGAGCCUGGCGACGCUGCAGGUGAUCGGCCUCGGCACCUUUGAGCGCGGAGUGGGCUGCUUGGAUUUUUCCAAAGCGGAUUCUGGUACUCAUUUGUGUGUAAUUGAUGACUCUAACGAGCAUAUGCUUACUGUGUGGGAUUGGCAGAGGAAAUCAAAAAUUGCAGAGAUAAAGACUACAAAUGAAGUUGUUCUUGCUGUAGAAUUCCAUCCCACUGAUGCAAAUACCAUAAUAACAUGUGGCAAAUCUCAUAUAUUUUUCUGGACCUGGAGCGGCAAUUCAUUGUCAAGGAAGCAAGGAAUAUUUGGGAAAUAUGAGAAACCCAAAUUUGUUCAGUGUUUGGCUUUCUUGGGCAAUGGUGAUGUGCUCACUGGAGACUCAGGUGGGAUAAUACUUAUAUGGGGCAAAACUACUGUAGAAGCUACUCCAGGAAAAGGAGCUAAAGGAGUAUAUCAGAUAAGCAAACAAAUCAAAGCUCAUGAUGGCAGUGUGUUCACACUCUGUCAAAUGAGGAAUGGAAUGCUGCUAACUGGAGGUGGGAAAGACCGAAAGAUCAUCCUGUGGGAUCAUGAUUUGAAUCCUGAAAGGGAAAUUGAGGUUCCUGACCAGUAUGGAACAAUCAGAGCAGUAGCAGAAGGAAAAGCUGAUCAAUUUUUAGUAGGUACUUCGCGAAACUUUGUUUUGAGGGGAACAUUUAAUGAUGGUUUCGUAGUGGAGGUACAGGGACAUACAGAUGAACUUUGGGGACUGGCAUCUCAUCCUUUCAAAGACUUAUUUUUAACAUGUGCCCAAGAUAGGCAAGUUUGUAUGUGGAACUCUGUGGACCACACACUGGAAUGGACCAGGCUGCUAGAUGAACCCGGGCACUGUGCGGAUUUCCAUCCCAGUGGAGCAGUGGUCGCCAUAGGAACCCACUCAGGCAGGUGGUUUGUUCUGGACGCAGAAACGAGGGAUCUGGUUUCAAUACACACUGAUGGCAAUGAACAGCUUUCAGUGAUGCGCUACUCAGUAGAUGGCACCUUACUUGCAGUUGGAUCCCACGACAACUUUAUUUACCUCUACGUAGUAACAGAAAAUGGGAGAAAGUAUAGCAGAUAUGGAAAAUGCACUGGACAUUCCAGCUAUAUUACACACCUUGACUGGUCCCCGGACAACAAGUAUAUAAUGUCAAACUCAGGAGACUAUGAAAUACUAUACUGGGACAUUCCAAGUGGCUGUAAGCUAAUCAGGAAUCGUUCUGACUGUAAGGAUAUAGAUUGGACAACGUACACUUGUGUGCUAGGCUUCCAAGUGUUUGGAGUUUGGCCUGAAGGGUCAGAUGGGACAGACAUAAAUGCCCUCGUCAGAUCCCAUAACCGAAAAGUGAUAGCAGUGGCUGAUGAUUUUUGUAAGGUCCAUCUCUUUCAGUAUCCCUGUUCGAAGCCAAAGGCCCCAAGUCACAAAUACAGCGCUCACAGUAGUCAUGUGACAAAUGUCAGCUUCACCCAUAGUGACGGUCACUUGAUUUCAACGGGAGGGAAAGACAUGAGUAUUAUUCAGUGGAAACUCGUAGAGAAGGUAACUCUGCCACCAAAUGACAUUGUCCUGGAUAUUGGUGCCACCAAAGUGCCCAUCCCUGCCAGUGAAAACGCUGUGCAGUCCCCUGCACAUCUGCCCCAGCCUUUUAACGAAAUGAACCAAAAUGAAAGCGUAACUGGCAGCUCUCCGGCUUCCUUGGAGAGCAACUUGGAGCAGUCUGUGGAGCACAGUGAGGAGCACAGCGAGGAGCAGAGCGAGGGAAGCAGCCUGGAUCCCGCCGAGCCCAGCUACGAGGAGCCCUCCAACGAGCUGAGUGAGGAGCACAGCGAGUCCACGGUCACAGAGGAGCAGCAGGAUAACUCACCGGUGUCUUAAUGCUCCCGGCUCAGGUGGUUGUUGUUUCCCCGUGGUGUGCGUGCUUUCAUUACAAGGGUGAGGGUUCAAAUAGGGAAGAGUAGCUGAGAUUCAUGACCACUCCAGAUUUUGAGUUUCAGUGAGAUUUUUAGUCUGAGCUUCAGUUCAAUGUGUGGAACCAUCCCAAGGGCCUGGCUUGAUGGUCUGUAGCAAGAUCUGGUCGCAGUUAGUAGUGGACAUUACUAUAGAUCCAUUUCAGUUCUGAAAUUGCUGUCAGGAAGUGGCAUGAAAUACAUACUGGAAAAAAGGUUAGCUCUGAGAAUUAGCUGAAGUAGACACCUACGUGGAAGUGCUUUCUAGAAGAACUGAGCUGAUGGGAAGCACUGAGCUGUUCCAGCUGGGAAGCACUGUGCUGCUUUUUCCAGGUGCAAAGACAAACAGAAUGAAAAAACCAACCAAAAAGCUCUUCGUAGGGCUGUUUUCCUUUGUUUUUCCUUGAGAAAAAUAGAGGAAAAAUAAUGUAACAAUGCCACAUGUAUGGCAAUGCCUUCUUGAUCUAACACAUAUGCAAUUUUCUAACACUACUAAUUCCUCGUGGAGUCUGAAUGUGUUCAAAGUUGGUCUGCCCUGGGUGCUGCUAGUUCUAAGGCAAAUCCUGUCAAGGAACGGUGUUGACUGUUCCAUUUUCACAGACUCUUAACUAGCAGACUAACCAAAUACUGGCAUGUUUCACUUUUCAUGACCUGAAAGUUGACUUAAACUAUAGGACAUAAUUGUCUCUUCAAAGAAUUGCUUGCCUAGAGAGUUGGAAACUUGAGAGAAUCUUUUACAGUGACUUUGAUGUGAACAGCAGAAGAAGCAUGACAAGAACACAGAAGUCAGAUGGGCUCCAGAGUUAAACUUUAAGCCUUCAAUCAGAACUUGCUCCAUCCCUAGUAUGAAAAAUAUAAAUACAGUUAACUUAAAUUAUUAAAUUGGUGCUUAGAAUUAGUAAGUUGAUACAUUUUUCUUCUGAGUUUUUAGAGGUAAUUCUUAAAAAUCAUUAAACUGCAAUCUCUACUUUCUGUUUUUUCCCCUGGCUCCUUUAGCAGUUGUGAUAUAAGCAUACAGUAAUUUAGAUGAUGAUGAUGAUGUGGUUUUUUUUUGUUUUCCCUAGACUUGCUGAUCUAUUGUUUUUGUGAUUUUAUUUCCACCCCACCUCUCCCCAGGUUGCUCUAAGCCAUGCAGCUCUCAUGUGGCUAUACCUGGCCAGUUACGGGAUAUCUUGGCAUUUGUUAUGCAUUUGGAAAGUACUUUUUUUUACAAAGUUUGUCAGAUAGCUACAUUUUUUUCUUAAGUGCAUACAUUUCCUACUUUAAAAAAGAUAUAGAUUUACUGGCAGAUAUCCAUUUCCUAUGUAUUGUUUAUAUUUUGAUUACAUAGAAUUUUCUUUUUUAACUUGCUGCAUUGUGCUGGUAUUUUAGUUCUUAGUUAGAAUAUCAUGUUUAGAAACUUUGGAUGAGUUCAUAAGUCUUAAUUGUGCAAACGUUUACGUGAUUGUGCCAUUCCAAAGUGCAUCAAAACUGUCAUUCCCUUACUAGUGUCUUCUCAGGAGAAAUGCUACAGAUCAGGUAUUUAGUCAUCAUUUGGAAAGAUAAAAACAAAUGGACUCCCAAAGGACAUUUAGAACAUUUAUAUAUAAAAUAUAUAAAUAUAUAUAUACACACAUAUAUAUAUAGAGAAAAAAAUAUCCUCUUGUUUACAACAGUUCCAGAGAACCUCAAAGUAGUUCCCUUCAGAUGGAGGGAGAUAUGGAUUCCAAGCAACCCAUCUGUUUAAACUGUGCUCUGUACAUAGAGUUUUACUGGAGAGCUCUAGUAUGCCUGACUUGCAAAUCUGCCAAAUAGCAGCAGUGGAAGAUAAAGUUCAUCAGCUCAUCAAAGUUCUUGGUUACAAAUGAGAAAUAUGCUGUAGGUUUAGAAAAUAAUCUUAGUAAAGGAGAGGGGAUAGUAGAGCUAACGAGGCACAGAGAGCUCUCUGUCAUUUUUAUGAACUCCACAUAAGCAACACAUUUCUCUUUGGAACAUCUGUCACCUGGGGUUGCCAUGUAAGUGAGAGUUAGAGUUGUGAUAUUCUUGUGUAGUUCAGAAGACUCUACUAAUAUGCAAAAAGCCUUACAGCUUUCAACUGCUGGCAACUACUGUUUAACAAAUAAUUAAAUCUGUGAUAAUGGAUGGAAAUGGGAUUAUGUAACUGUAGAUGUUUUAGAAAAAUAAUUGUGAAUGAAUUAUGAUUAAGAGUGUUUCAUGUGAAGAUGUUUGAGCCAUUUCUAUCUAUCAUGCAUUCCUGUCUUGAGGCAGAAAACUUUGAAGAUUAAAAAAAUAAAAUAAUCAAAAUAAAAUA